AUGGCAUUAGCAGUUGCAUCGUCUGGAAUUGCGGCAAAAGUGUUCAACUCCAUUGAUACUGUCCUGAAUGAGGUAGAGGCGGUCAAUUAUCCGACCGAGUUUUCAAAUUUGCUGGAUUCACCGGGCAUGCCGCCUCACGUGUUAACAUUAAAGGUCGGAGUGCCCAUAAUUGUACUUCGAAAUCUUAAUCCACCGCAGCUUUGUAACGGUACGAGGCUCACGGUAAACAGCAUGAUGAGUAACGUAAUAAAAGCCACAAUUUUGAAUGGGAAAUUCAAAGGCGAUGAGGUUUUGCUGCCACGUAUACCGAUGAUUCCGGUGGACGUGCCGUUCGAAUUUAAGCGUUUGCAGUUUCCGGUACGGCUCGCAUUCGCAAUGAGCAUUAACAAGGCACAGGGACAAACUCUUAAAGAGUGUGGAUUGAACUUGAAAAAUCCAUGUUUUUCACGCUGA